CUUUUGUUUGUUGUUUUUCUUGGGGGGGAAAAAACAGCAAUUUCAGAUAGUUUCUCUUACUUGCAAAAGCCAAAUGUUGCUCGUUUACAUGGAUUUCUUAUUGUUUCUUGAGUAUUUUUCUAAGAAGUUGUAGUUGUGCCUUUUACUACGGUUAUUUAUAUCAGGGAACGGUUUGGUUCUAUCUCAUAUUUUCAAGUCUGUGGGCCCAACUUUGAUUAAUAGCUGUAUGGCGAUGUUUGAAGUUCAAUGAACUUUAUCAGAUCAGUAUGCUUAUCUCAGCCGAGGAUUUCAUUUGAUGAAGUGGGCAGGUAGGCAGGCAGCCAGGUGAGAAUUGGACCCAGUUCUUGCAUUUCUGUAGCACUUUCUUUUUUUACUUUAUUGACUGAAUUGUUUUGGAUGUUUCAGCUUUAUGAACGUCAUUGAGCUGGUUUAGUUUUGUUCUUGUAUUUUUGUCAUAACACAGUAUUUGUUUUCAGUUGUCUCCCAUUACGGCUUCUUACCGUGUUGUAUCUAUAUUUUAAAAGACAUGUCAUACCUCUCGUGGUACAACCACAUAAUAACAUACAGUAACUGAUCCAGAUGAAUUGUAUCUUCUUCCCAGAACAACUGUCAUAAGCAAUUUUGUUGCCUAAAAUAUGUUUUGUGUUUACUGGGUAUUUGAGUGUUCAUGGACUGUAUCCAUGGAGAUUUGUCUUUGUGUCGUUUAUGUGUUCCUUCACACUGUCACAUACUGGUUAUUACAUAUGUGAUUAAAUUGUGACUAUACUCACAGAUGUGAAAGCCUAUGUCCCCAAAUGCUUGUUGAGGUGACCAAUUUCCUUUGAGGAUACUCUUCUGACCUGUGCCAUAUGUAAUAAUGGAAAGGGCUGUAGAAUAUUCACUAGGUUACUAUUUAGAAAUGAACUUCCUACAUACAUCGAUCCCAGUAUGCCUAAAAUCUAUACCAACCUAUAAAUGCUCCUCUGUCUCAAUGUGUAGGCCUAUUGUUCUUAGAUGUAUAUCAUAUUUUAUGACAUCUAGAUGUACAUCAAAUUCCUCUGUAUUUUCCCGUAUUUCUAUUUAGUGGUUGGUUUUGUAAACAAAAAUAAGCAUUGAAAAAGAUGAACCUCAUUAACGUUUGAAUAAAUACAUUUUGGUUUCCCAUGUGCCUCGAGAAUAACCCACACACAAUGUUAAUUCUCUUCCAAUCAUAAGUAUAUUCAUAGUAAACACUUCUAGUUGACAGCUACUGAUUUUUUUUGACAUGAUAAAAAAUAGAUUUAGUCACCAAUAUCAAUCAAUCCAUCAAUAAUAGUUUCAUCCUACUUCAUUUGCAUUUCUGUUCUCUAUGCACGUUGUGUGGCUAGGAAGUUCGUCACUGUUUGGUGUUGGAGUUCAGGCGCCUCGAGUUGUUUUCUGUUUAAUUUCUGGUGCGGUUAGAAUUUUGUUUAGGUUCAAAUCAGACUUGAAGCAGAAGCGGUGAUCACAGAUAUCAGCAUUGAUAAGCAUAUCACUGAAGCUCUUGAUCAUAUUCAACGCCGCAUCGGAGUCCGUUUAGGACGCGCAACUUGUGUCGAGAUGAGUGUGGAAGCGUACGGGCCGAGUUCUCAAACGCUCACCUUCCUGGACACCGAAGAAGCGGAGCUACUUGGAGCAGAUACCCAGGGCUCGGAGUACGAGUUUACCGAUUUUACCCUACCUAGCCAGACACAAACUCAAGGCCACACCCAGAGUCAGCUGGACAAUCAGGUGAAUGGUCCUAAUGAAGGGCUUCACAAUGGAGGGGUUGAUGAUGUUGCCAAGGCGAGCCAAAUUCUCUCUGAGUUGAACUUUGAGGAGGAUGAAGAGGACACCUAUUACACUAAAGACCUCCCACUGCAUGCCUGCAGUUACUGUGGCAUCCAUGAUCCUGCGUGUGUGGUGUACUGCAACACAAGCAAGAAGUGGUUCUGCAAUGGACGUGGCAAUACAUCUGGCAGCCACAUCGUAAACCACUUGGUGAGAGCCAAAUGCAAAGAGGUGACUCUGCACAAAGACGGGCCGUUGGGCGAGACAGUGCUGGAGUGCUACAACUGUGGCUGUCGCAACGUCUUCCUCCUGGGCUUCAUACCCGCCAAGGCCGACUCUGUGGUGGUGCUGCUGUGCAGGCAGCCAUGUGCCAGUCAGAGCAGCCUGAAAGACAUAAACUGGGACAGCUCCCAGUGGCAGCCGCUGAUCCAGGACCGCUGCUUCCUGUCCUGGCUGGUAAAGAUCCCCUCGGAGCAGGAGCAGCUCCGGGCCCGACAGAUUACCGCCCAACAGAUCAACAAGCUAGAGGAGCUCUGGAAGGACAAUCCAACAGCCACUCUGGAGGAUCUGGAGAAGCCCGGUGUAGAUGAGGAGCCUCAACAUGUGCUGCUGCGCUACGAGGAUGCCUACCAGUACCAGAACAUCUUCGGCCCCCUUGUCAAACUGGAGGCCGACUACGACAAAAAGCUUAAAGAGUCCCAGACCCAAGAUAAUAUAACGGUCAGGUGGGACCUGGGGCUGAAUAAAAAGCGGAUUGCCUAUUUCUCCUUGCCCAAGACGGAUUCAGGUGACAUGCGGCUGAUGCAGGGAGAUGAGAUUUGUCUGCGCUACAAAGGAGACCUGGCUCCACUUUGGAAAGGCAUCGGCCAUGUCAUCAAAGUCCCAGACACACCCUUUGUGAAAGACUAUGGAGAUGAGAUUGCUAUAGAAUUGCGCAGCAGUGUCGGAGCACCUGUGGAAACAACCCACGACUACCAGGUGGAUUUCGUGUGGAAGUCCACUUCCUUUGACAGAAUGCAGAGUGCCCUGAAGACCUUUGCUGUGGACGAGACGUCCGUGUCAGGCUACAUCUACCACAAACUGCUGGGCCACGAGGUGGAGGAUGUCAUCAUCAAGUGUCAGCUGCCCAAACGCUUCACUGCCCAGGGCCUACCCGAUCUCAACCACUCUCAGGUGUAUGCUGUGAAGACUGUGCUGCAAAGACCCCUCAGUCUUAUCCAAGGCCCCCCUGGCACUGGGAAAACUGUCACCUCUGCCACCAUAGUGUACCAGCUCGCCAGGCAGGGCAACGGACCCGUGCUGGUGUGUGCUCCCAGUAACAUCGCGGUGGACCAGCUGACUGAGAAGAUCCACAUGUCAGGUCUGAAGGUGGUCCGGCUGUGUGCUAAGAGCAGAGAGGCCAUCGACUCCCCCGUCUCAUUCCUGGCGCUGCACAACCAGAUCCGCAACAUGGACAGUAUGCCAGAGUUGCAGAAGCUGCAGCAGCUGAAGGAUGAGACCGGGGAGCUGUCGUCUGCUGACGAGAAGCGUUACCGGGCCCUGAAGCGCACCGCUGAGCGAGAGCUGCUCACGAAUGCGGAUGUGAUCUGCUGUACCUGUGUGGGGGCAGGAGAUCCACGCCUGGCCAAGAUGCAGUUCCGCUCCAUCUUGAUUGAUGAGAGCACCCAGGCCACCGAGCCAGAGUGCAUGGUGCCUGUGGUCCUGGGUGCCAAGCAGCUCAUUCUGGUGGGAGACCACUGCCAGCUGGGCCCAGUAGUGAUGUGUAAGAAGGCAGCCAAAGCAGGCCUGUCCCAGUCUCUGUUUGAGCGUCUGGUGGUGCUGGGCAUCAGGCCCAUUCGUCUGCAGGUGCAGUACCGUAUGCACCCGGCCCUUAGCUCUUUCCCCUCCAACAUCUUCUACGAGGGCUCCCUGCAGAACGGAGUCACCGCUGCUGACCGCAUCAAGAAAGGCUUUGACUUCCAGUGGCCGCAGCCAGACAAGCCCAUGUUCUUCUAUGUAACUCAAGGCCAGGAGGAAAUAGCCAGCUCUGGAACGUCCUACCUGAAUAGAACUGAGGCGGCCAACGUGGAGAAGAUCACAACCAGGCUGCUGAAGGCUGGGGCCAAGCCUGACCAGAUAGGCAUCAUCACCCCCUACGAGGGCCAGAGGUCCUACCUGGUGCAGUACAUGCAGUUCAGUGGUUCCCUCCAUACAAAACUCUACCAGGAGGUUGAGAUCGCCAGCGUGGACGCGUUCCAGGGCAGGGAGAAGGACUUUAUCAUCCUGUCGUGCGUACGAGCCAACGAGCACCAGGGCAUCGGCUUCCUCAAUGACCCGCGACGUCUCAACGUGGCCCUCACCAGAGCCAAGUAUGGGGUGAUCAUUGUGGGCAACCCAAAGGCCCUGUCCAAGCAGCCUCUGUGGAACCACCUUCUCAACUACUACAAGGAGCAGAAGGUUCUGGUGGAGGGACCCCUCAACAACCUGAGAGAGAGCCUGAUGCAGUUCAGCAGGCCCCGCAAGCUGGUCAAUGCCAUCAACCCUGGAGCCCGGUUCAUGAGCACUGCCAUGUAUGAUGCCCGUGAGGCCCUCAUCCCUGGGUCUGCCUACGAUCGCAGCAGCGCAGGGCGUCCAUCCAACAUGUAUUUCCAAACCCACGAUCAGAUCGGCAUGAUUGGGACUGGGCCAGCCCACAUGGCGGCCAUGAACAUGCCUAUUCCCUUCAACUUGGUGGUGCCCCCCAUGCCUCCGCCAGGCUACCUGGCCCAGGCCAACGGCCCUGCUGCAGGUCGUGGUGGGGUGCUGAAGAGCAAAGCGGGGCGUGGCGGGCGCCAGAGGACCCGCGGCAUGGGGAACCACGGUAGCAGCGGGCAAGCCAACGGGCACAACAGCCAGGCUAGCCAGGACGUAUCUUCCCAGCCCUUCUCCCAGGGGCCACUCACCCAGGGCUACAUCACCAUGAGUCAGCCCUCCCAGAUGAGCCAGCCUGGCCUCUCCCAGCCUGAACUUUCCCAGGACAGUUAUUUAGGUGACGAGUUCAAGUCCCAGAUCGACGUGGCUCUGUCGCAGGAUUCGACUUACCAGGGUGAACGUGCAUACCAACAUGGUGGAGUGACUGGACUGUCACAGUACUAGAGUGUUGUUGGAAGAGGAGCUAGGCUUGAGCUGAGCUUAGUUCAUCAGCAUUUUAAUCUGGGUAAUAAUAAAAACAAAAAAUGGAGACCUGUUUUCCUCUACAACUGAAGCACCACCGUGUGAAAUCAACGGGAGAGAGAAACCAACCAAUCGCGAGAGAGAAAGUGGUAGAAAAAACGGACGGCCAGGAAGAGGGAACGUGUGGGAGUGAGGGACCACUGCCGGCACAUGGGAACGAAAGCGAGAGGAAGACGGUGGCCAGCGGUCGAGCUGUCGUGAGGAAGACGAAACGAGGAACAACUCCCUCCCUCCACAACCCUUUUCCCACCUCCCAUUCUAACCUCACACCUCUGUCUGAGAGAAUGACCAGUUAUCCAGAGGACCUUGCUCUUUGAUCAACUAACAGAGAAUGAAAGACAAGUUCUCAAGCAACUUGGCUGGGGGAGCACUUUCCACUAACUCUCGAAAGCGGAUAACAAGAAUGUAGAGGGGGGAGGGUGUGGAACACUUCAAGCAGGCAACAUAGGAAAUCGUCACCUCAAUGUUGAUCACUUGCGGUGUUGAUCUCAACUCUCAGACCUGAAAUCUCAUCAAAUGACCGCAAGAGGAACCGUCUCCAAGAGGAACCGUCUCCAAGAGGAACCGUCUCCAAGAGGAACCGUCUCCAAGAGGAACAGUGGCAGUUCACAUCGUCGUUCAACUUUUGAGUUGAAAAGUUUUCUCCGCUAAAGUCUGAUAAUAAAGAACUUUGAAUUGAAA